AUGGGCUUCUUCUGGGGGGCUGCGGUGGCCCCAGAACCUGCCCCUACUGACAACCGUGGGGGCGUAGCCAGCACAUCCAGCUCAAAUGCUCGUCCCACUGCGUUACACGUCGGCCGGCGGGACACGCUCAGUUCCGAGGAGCUCGACGAUGAAGACGAGGCAGAGAUGAAUGGAGCGGGGGGCGCAGAUGGCCUUUCUCAUGGCCCGCACUCUCCAGGGGGCGGAGAGGGGGGGGCACGCUCUUCCAGGGGGCCGAAAGACAGCGCCGGAGGGGGUGGACCGCGCUCUCCGGGGGGGCGGAGGGGGGGGGGGAGCAUUCUUCGAUCGCCAAGAGGUUCGGAAGGCAGCAGCAAACGGAGUAACGCGCGCCUCACCAGAAAGUCCACCGGGUGGAGCGACGUGUUUGGGUCGAAACAUGCGGCGCUCGAUGCGGAGCUCGAUGAGGAGCUCGACCUUGAGUCGACGGCUGACUUGCCCGGGAUGGCGAGUGAAAAGCCAAACUUUCAGAGGUUGAAAAGCAAAAUGGUGGUUAGCAACCCGGACGAGGUGACGGGGGUCAAGGUCCGGUCGGUCAACGCGCGGUUUGAGCCGUUUCUGCACAGAGACAGUGAGGGCGACCGGCAAGAGAGUCCAACGCUACCGCCGUCGCUCGCUCCAACAGGCCGGUACAUGAGCAUGGUUCUACCCCGUUCAUCCGAGUCCCGCCCUUUGGGAAACCCCGGGGGAUCAUCCAAUUUUCGGUCGGGAAAGUCUGUGACUGGACCGGGGGCUUUUGGCGGGCUGGGGGCCCUAACCGGAAAGCAGCCCAGUAUGGCCGGGCCGGAGCCGUUCGAGAAGGGCAUGGUGUUGCGCGCUGUAGCUCAGUUAGCGGCGCUGCGGCGCAAGUCGCUAACGAUGGGGCCGCAGCGAAUGACUCUUCCGUCCAGCAGAAUGCGGCGGAACACGGCGGACAGCGAAGAGGAACCGGGCGAGGACGAGGAGCUGGGCGCGUUUCACUACUCCAGAACCAGGGUUAUUAACCCAAAGUCCGCUUUCAUAACUCGAUGGGACAUCUUCCUUACGAUUCUCAUCAUCAUCUGCGCAUUUACCAUUCCCUUCGAGGCCGCUUUUCUGCACUUAUCGCUCAACUCAAUCUUCUUCGCGAACCGCGUGGUGGACGCCAUCUUCCUGGUGGACAUGCUGAUCAACUUCAACCUCAUGUUCUUCGACAACGAAAAGAGCGUCUGGAUCUCCAAGCGCAAGACAAUUGCCGCGCGGUACUUGCGGACGUCAUUCACGACGGACUUCCUGGCGGUGUUCCCGUUUGACGUCAUCUACUACUGCUGGGAGAAGUACUCGAUGCACCACUCCAAGCGGAGCGUCAUCGGGAUCAUCCUGCGGCUCGGGAGAUUGCUCAAGGUGGGCCUGACGUCAGAUGGUGACGUCUAA